AAUUCAUAAAGCUAUCUGGCCAGAUGGACCUAUUUAUAGUUGGAAUUUUGACAAGCAACAAUGGAAUAGGCAAACAGAUUAUGAGGUCAUUCUUAAAUCACUUAAUAAUUCAUCAAGUUUAAAUACUAAAUUUUUAGAUGAGUGGAAAUAUCAUUAUAAUUGUCAGAAAAAAUCAUUUUCAAAAUUUAUUCAAUUCUUUGGAAUUACCCAAGAUCCAAAUAAUUUAAAUUAUAUAAUAGUAAUGAGUUAUGCAAAAAAAGGAAGUUUGAGAAAAUGUUUACCUGAUAUAAUUAAGUUCAAAUGGCAAGACAAGUUAAAAUUACUGAAAAAUAUUAUAUUAGGACUUAAAGUAAUUCAUGAAUCAAAUUUAACUCAUGGUGAUUUUCAUGAUGGUAAUAUUUUAAUCUCAAAUAAUUGCAAUGAAUCGUUUAUUAUUGAUUUAGGAUUAUCUAAACCUAUAAGCGAUUUACAAGAUUCUGAUAAUAAAGCUAAUGAAAUUUAUGGAGUUUUACCUUAUAUGGCGCCUGAAAUAUUAAGAAAACAACCCUAUACUCCAGCAAGUGAUAUUUAUAGUUGUUCAAUGAUAAUGUGGGAAUUUACAUCGGGUAUUCCUCCAUUUAAUCAUGAAGCACAUGACCAUCACCUUA